AUGUCGACAUUUGUACUCAAUGUGACCAUUUUAUUAGUAUUGGCUUAUAUUGGAACCUCCAAUUGUUUGCGUUCCUUUAUUAUGGACUUUGAAACCCUGAACUAUGAAUUCAAUCCGAAAAUUAUGAAGAACGUUAAUUUCAAGCUUAUCGAUUAUAACAAACGUAAGGCCAUCAAUGGAUCAUUUACACUUACGGAAGAGCUGCAUGAAUUGCAAAUUGUGCAUUGGGUAGCCGGCACCAAAAGCAAUGGUCAGUUUUGGAAUGUCUAUAAUAUUACGCUGGAUGCUUGUAAGAUCCUUGAGAACACUUAUGGGAAAAUCAACCCUUUGGCAUCUAUUUUUAUUAACGAACUAAAAAAGCAUAUGAAGGAUUUACCCAAAAAAUGUCCUUUUAAAAAGGACAAACCCUAUUCAGUAAUUAAUUUCCAUUUGAAUGAAGAAUUGUUUCCGCCAUAUUUACCAGAAAUUGUUUUUGGAGCAACUUUGGGAUUUGUGCGGUAUAAUGAGUUGUUUGCGAAUUUUACCAUUACUGCAUAUGUGGAAUCGAAAAAUGGUCAAAAAUUUCGUCAAAGAAAUGGAAAAAACUAA